CUCAAUGUUCAACAGUUAAAAUGACAAAUUGUGGUCUGUGCAUAUCUUAAAUGCUCCACUAAAUCUCACCUAGACGGCAAGGGUCUUUUUUUUUCUUUAGCUCAAUUACAUGAAUUAAGAUAUCUAAGAGCACAUUCAUACUUUCAUGGCCUAACUUACAUAUUCAAUAUUGAACCUUGGAAUCUUUAAUGGUUAUAUCAGGUCAUCCAAAAGUCUCUUGUUCUUCUUUACUACCUAAAAAGACUGGUGUUGCUUGCUACAUAAUCCCAUGUAGCCAUCUGAUUCAAUAAUGUCCUCCAAGGUACUCCAUGGCUUAGACCGUGAUGUGUACCAAAUAAUCAGAAAAUUUGAGGAUGAGCUUGAGCGAGAUAGCCAGGGAACAGACAAGGGCAAAAAGAAACCACCAAAAUUUACAGUGUCUGGUGUUUACGAUUCCAUCAAACGCUCUAAUUCGAGCCUUGCACGUCUAAAAAGGCGACCACUAGAAGACUCCAUCGAGAGGAUCCUCCGCCUCCGGAAAGAAGAAAGAAAGGAAGAAGAUGAAGAAGAAAAUUUAGAACAGGCUCAAGAAGAGUCCCCGAAGCCAAAGGAAAGGGAUUAUUUUGUCAUGAAUAAGCACAUAACUAAGACCUGGAACCUGCCUGGGACUCCAAACACAAACUCACUUGAGACAACCACCCCAAACGGAAAUGCCUCAGGGGUAGAAAGGCAAUCUAAUGGAGAGGCCAAAGCUAAAAGGCGAAAAACUGAAAAGCCCAAGGAAGAUCGCAACCCGCCUAGCGAUAUUUCCUUGCAUGACCUUGGUGGCAUGGAUGAUGCUAUCAGGGUCCUCGCUGAAUCUGUUACCUUUCCUAUGCGAUUUUCCGAGGAAUGCCUUGAAGGCGGCGUAGAGGCUGCUCGCGGUGUUUUGUUGCAUGGCCCGCCGGGCUGUGGAAAGACUAUGCUUGCUAAUGCGUAUGCCGCCGCGCUUGGGGUGGCAUAUAUACCCGUCUCGGCCCCUUCACUUGUCGCUGGUAUGUCUGGCGAGUCCGAGAAGAAGAUCAGAGAGCUCUAUGACGAAGCCAAAUCACUUGCGCCGUGCCUGAUUUUCAUCGACGAGAUUGAUGCUAUCAUGGGAAAACGCGAGAAUGCGCAAAGAGAGAUGGAAAAGAGAAUAGUGGCGCAGAUGCUAACCUGUAUGGAUGAUUUGACACCUCAGAAGCUGGGAGGUAAGCUCGUGGUGACAUUGGCUGCAACAAAUCGUCCAGAUAGUAUCGACCCUGCUCUCCGAAGGGCGGGACGGUUUAACCGAGAAAUAAGUUUAGGGAUACCGAACGAAGCUUCACGUGAGGCUAUAUUACGAAAGAUGCUGUCAAAGAGCAGAGUCUCUUCGGAUGUGGACUACAAACUAUUAGCAAAGAGGACCCCCGGCUUUGUCGGCGCUGAUUUGAAGGAUGUGGUUUCUGUGGCCAAGAACGAAAUGGCUAGGGCGGCCAUGUCUGACUUGACGCAAACAGGUCCCUUGGAGAUGGAUAUAGACUCUGAUUAUCAGGUACCACCAGGACUUCGCCUACACCUUGCGAUCAUGGGAGCACCCGACGGGGCUGUACCCAAGGACAAGCUUAUACUAGCAAUGGAGCACAUGCUAAGCGCCAUUGGGAAAGUGCAGCCGUCCUCCAAGCGAGAGGGGUUCACAACGAUACCUGAUACAACUUGGGCGCAUAUUGGCGCACUUCACGACAUCCGAGAGCAGCUUGAAUUGUCUAUCGUGGAGCCCAUCCAAAGCCCUGAACGAUUUGCAAGUAGGGGACUCGAGGCACCAUCAGGUGUGCUUUUAUGGGGACCCCCUGGAUGUGGUAAAACCCUGCUAGCGAAAGCAGUGGCAAACGAAUCCAAGGCCAACUUCAUUUCGGUAAAGGGACCAGAGCUAUUGAAUAAAUAUGUUGGGGAAUCAGAGCGUUCGGUCCGUCAAGUGUUCAGCCGAGCCCGCGCAUCAGCUCCAUGCAUACUAUUUUUCGACGAGUUGGACGCCCUGGUUCCCCGACGUGACGGAAAUGGCCCCGAUGCCAGCGCUAGAGUGGUAAACCAGCUCUUAACAGAAUUAGACGGCAUGGCCAGUCGGUCAGGCGUUUACGUAGUUGGGGCUACAAAUCGUCCAGACAUGAUCGACCCGGCUAUCCUCCGUCCUGGCCGGCUAGGAACCAACAUAUUUGUCGACCUACCCGAUGCAGAUGGACGAGUAGAAAUUCUGAAAACGCGCAUGAGGCGUCUACUGCCAUCAUAUACACAGUACGACGUAUUAGAGGCAGUAGCUCGAGACGAUCGGUGCACCGGCUUCAGCGGCGCCGACCUGGACAAUCUGCACGUCGCGGCCGGCCAAGCCUCGGUGAAGCGUGCUAAGACUAGAGGCCCGGACACGAUCACUUUGGAGGACUGGGAGUCGGCGCUCAACCAAGUCAGGCCGAGUGUGUCUAAUAGCCACUCGAGUAAAUUCCGAGUCUUGAAGGAAAUGGGCUGGGAUUAAUUUACUAUGUUACGGUCCUGGGUGCUGCCACGUGAUAUAACGAUAUACAUAAAGGUCGCGUCUAAAAGUGGUGAUGAAUAACUAAAAGAUACGACCAUUCAUUCAAUGUUCCCAAAGCUAUUUUAUGGCGCCAUUUAGUACUUACCUCCCUAACCUAGGUUAGUGCAUAUAGCCCUGGAGGUUAUCCAUGGUACGCUUAGUACGGAAGUUAAAUCUUCCCUAGUAGGGUAUUAAAUCGUCUUAGCCGUAGGUAUGUCAGCUGUCAUCUCAUUGGUCAAUGGACUUGAAUCAUACCCAUGCAAAAAUUCCUAUAAAUACAUACCUGUACAUACUACAUACUACAGUCUCCAAAUAUCUACGUCAUGAAGAAGGCGGCUCUACAUAGUGAUGGGAUAGGUCACAGACUCACAGGUGGUAAUGCAUUAAAGUUGAU